ACUGUGUUAGAGCAAUAAAAGUUGAACUACAUAAAUAAAUGAUAACUAUUAAGAAAAAUGAGAACAUGUUCCUUUAAAAUUGCAAUUAAUAAAAAAAAUUCAAAAAAGAAGAAGAAUGGGGAUCAAACCGCAGACCCUUUUGAACUAGUUUGGACCCGGCCAGUUGGCAGAAACAUUAUUUAUGUUUAAUAUUUAAUAAAAAUUAUGAAAAUUUUAGGUUUUAUCAGGUCUCUUCAAUUUAAUUUUUUUCAAUAAUAAUCAUUAUGUAAAGUUGGUUAAGUUUUCAAGAUGAGUCUUUUAAUAAUGAUGUCCAUUGUUGAAAAUUCUUUAUAUUUGGAUUCUCAACUCUUCAUUUUAUGGAUUCUCAACUCUUAUCUAAUACGACAUGAUUCCAACAGAGUUGGCAGAAACAUUAUUCGGUUGACAGGGACACGAGCUUGAUAUAUAUAGUCCUACUUCCUUUUCCUUACAACUAUGGUUUUACUUUUUUUAUUGCUCCAAAAGAAACGAAAUAUUUUAUUCUUAUCACAUAUUAUUCUACCAUGUAAUUAUUGGUAAUCAAGAAACUACUUCUAGUACAGUGCUAAGCUUGAUUUGGAACUAUGCUUGUCAUAGUAUUUUUCGAAUCUUCCUUCAAAUUUGGAGGACGACAUUUCUUAAGACACUUAUCACUGCAAGUCCAUGCUCCAUAGUGACAAUGUCCCAUGCACUUUCCAAAGCACUUCUCCACAGGAUCAACUUUUGCCUCUUGAUAUUGAGAUGAAGGAGAAAUCAAUAAGAACAUGAUUGUGGCCACAAUGAGAAAACUCCAAAUCAUGUUGGUGUUCAUGUUGUGCAUAGUUGAUCUUCUUUCCCCCCAAACGCCUUAGGUGUGUAUGAGUUCAAAAUCUUUUGAGGGCGUUGUGCUUAGAAUCACAUUUGGAUAAUCAUUUUAUAGAGUUUCACUUAAAAAAAAUUAUUCCAUAAAUACAAAAAAAAUCUAAACAAUAACUCCCUUAUUAUUAUUCAGAUUCUAUGUGCAUUUAAUUUGUAUGGAUUUUAGUUCAAUUUACAUCUAUUGGGAUUUAGUAAAAUUUACUUUAUCUUAAUGCUAUUAAUUUUCUUUUUGACUACCCUGUCAUAACUAAAAUGUAAGAGCCUUAGAAGGUAAUAAAUUUGUUGAAAAGCACAAAGUCACAUCCUCACCGGUUGGUCCAAGGAGACCCAACCACGAUUAUUGAAUGAGAUAUUCCAAUUUAUCGACUUUGACUAUGUUACAAUCAAUUAUACCAUGCCUCGUUUUAUUUAGUUGGGAGUAGUACUAGAUCAUCGUCUGGCGGCAAUGAUAGAAUUCUUGUAUUCGUUCAUGCCAUCCAUUAAUUUUGUGCCCACGAUCUGCUAUUCAUUAGACAAGACCCGACUCUCGCUUCACUAAUUAAUGGAAGGAAUGGAGAGCUUCGAUCCAUUAUGAUUUGGCGUGGAGAGAUCUAAGUAAAACAAAGAGCUCAUAAGCACUAUUUUGCGGAUCAAAGAACGACGUAUUUAUUCCCUGUGCACUCUCAUGAACAUUCAAGUUCGUGGAGUUGAUAAUUAUACUUGUCGACUAAUAUUUUUGAAAUCCACAUGUUCUAAAUUCAUGAGUCAAAUCAUACCCAGGUUGUUCGCGAUUCCCAUUGUGCCAUCCAUUCUCCUAACGAUAGGAAUGUUAGCGAUGACGGAAUCCCCGCACUGGCUCAUCAUAGCUAGGCUGAGGGUCGGCGAGGCGAAGCAUAUCAUGGAAAGCGGCGAGAAAAGUGCGGAGGAGAUCGAUCACAUAGUGUCCCAGAUGGAGUACCUGUGGGACCACAUACCUUCGCUUCUCUAAGUUGUCAUGCUGGCUGGCGUGCUACUGGUUGAACCUGGUUCAACUUGUACCGGUCAUAAAACCGGUAUGACUCU